UGUUUCAGUGGAUUUAUACUCGUAAAUUUGUAGUCCUGAUUUCAAUGAUGGAAUUGCUAGUUUCUACGGAGGAAGCUUACAUUUCAGCUAUUGGCGAUCCCGGCAUGAGGAUGGAUGAUCUUAGAUUGGCAAUUGAGGCAUGGAAUCAGUGCAACGAGGUUGGUGAAGAAGCUCCGAGGAUGGGAAGUCCUAGGAAAGCAGAUUGCUUUGAAGUCAAUUAUUCUACAUCACCAAUCAGCUUAGUUCACAAGGUAGGCGAGAAAGACAAUGCACUUGGUAUAUCGAGUGCCCCUUCGCAAGGGAUCGGGGAACUAGAUGUCAAUCAAUAUGCAGCAUGGAAGGAGCUAUAUUUAGGCAGCAUAUGUCAAGUGCAAGACAAAUCAAAACCUUGGCAGUUUUGGAAAAUAAUGCUGAAAAAUGGCAACAUGGAUACUCUGGCUGCAAUUUGCCCUGCCAAUGGCAAGAAAGCCAGUCCUUUUCGAAAGUCCGUCUUUCCAUGCUUCGGAAAAGGUUGCAUGAACAUGCCAUCAAUGUACCACAACUACACCAGUGUCCAAGGAUACCAAGGUUCUCAUACACUAAGGGGAAGCUUUUAUGGAACAUGGGAUCUGAAUUGUGAUAUGAAUAAGACAACUAUACGAAAUGGCACUUCAUAUUAUGCAGUAACUUGGGAGAAGGUAGUGGGAAAAGCUAGUUGGAAUUUUCACCACGUACUCAAAACAUCACCAAAGUAUCCUUGGUUAAUGCUCUACCUUCGGGCAGACACUACAGAAGGGUUCUCUGGGGGAUACCACUAUGAAACCAGAGGAAUUUUACGAGUGAUUCCAAAAUCACCAUACUUCAAAGUCAAGUAUACACUAGAUGUAAGGCGAGGAGGGGGUAGAAGAAGUCAAUUCUAUCUUUUGGACAUCGGUGGCUGUUGGAAGAACAAUGGAAAGCCUUGCGAUGGAGAUGUGACAACUGAUGUCACUAGAUACAGCGAAAUGAUCCUAAAUCCUGAGGUAUACUCAUGGUGCAAUCCAAGUAGUCUAGGCUCUUGUCCUCUCUACCAUACUUUUCCCAAUGGCACUCGUGUACACCGCACAGACGAGAAAAAUUUCCCAUACAAGGCAUACCACCUAUAUUGCUCUCCAGGCAAUGCUAAGCAUCCAGAGGAGCCCCAUAGCUUUUGUGAUCCUUACAGUAAUCCACAGCCCCAAGAAAUUCUGCAGAUUUUGCCUCAUCCUGUUUGGAGUGAUUAUGGGUAUCCAACAGAGGCAGGUGAAGGUUGGAUUGGUUAUCCAAAAACUUGGGAACUUGAUGCUGGCAGAUUGUCACAGGCACUUUACUUCUAUCAGGAUCCUGGCUCCCCACCGGCAAAGAGAUAUUGGCCGUCGAUCAAUGUGGGCACAGAGAUUUUUGGGAGCGAGGAUGAAAUUGCAGAAUGGACAGUUAGCGACUUUGAUAUUGUCGUUCCAGAGGAACAAUAUUCCCGAGGAACACGGAUGUCAGUAAAAAUAUAUCUGGUCUGCUGUUUCCUCAUUUCUUAUCCAAUCAUUUAUCAAAUUUUCCGUACUUAAAAGUUUCUUGACCAAAAUACUAAAAAACUCCCUGUGAUUUACCAAAUAUUUAAUUGAACUCUCUCUAUUUUGAAAAUAUAAACUAUAACUCCCUGCGGUUUCAACUAAAUUGAAAAUUAGACGGAAUACAUUCAAUGCAGCGGUUGUACGUGAAAUGUCAGUAUUGCCCAUGUAGAAAUGAACUCCCUAUGAUUUGCCGAAUAUUUAAUUUCACUCCCUCUAGUUUGAAAAACUAUAUUAUAUCUCCCUUCAAUUUCAACUAAAUUAAAAAUUGAACAUAAGGCAUUUCACGUAUAAUAGAGGCAAUAUUAACAUUUCAUAUACAACCAUUAGAUUGGAUGAUUUUCGUUUAAUUUUUAAUUUAAUUGAAAUCACAGCGAACUAUAGUGUAGGUUUUCAAAUCAAAGGAAAUUAAAUUAAAUAUUCGACAUAUCACAGUAAGUUUUUUUGGUAUUUUAUCCCAAAUUUCUUUAGGAAUAGACUCUUAAAGGUCUUGAAUGUCAAUGUCCGAAUCAUACAUAUAAUGAUGCUUCCAUGAUAUUCUCUGAUUCUGAUCACUCUGUAUUUCCUGUCGCCCUUUCCACUCUAUUAUGUGUUGAAAAUUUUCAAAAUUUGUAUUAUGUGAUUUUAAGACGUAUAUACAUUGUGAUAAAUGUAUAUUCAUUCAUGAAUUUGAAAAUUUCAUGAAUAUAUUCAUGUAUGUGGAGUUCCAUAAAUG